AUGUUUGAUCCCGACUAUAGCUUCCCGUUCGAGACCGCCACGCCGGCUCGCCCGCCGGCGUGGCGGCCUGACGAGACUCUGAAUAUCAAAGAGCUAGCAGAGGCGUAUCUCACGGCGUUUAAGACGAAAAUACCUGAUGGAUAUUUCUGGGACUGGCAACCGUUUUUCGAGGCGCUGGUCGAAGGGAACAUGCUCGUUCGUGGUGUUAGCGUUGUAUUCCCGCCCGAUGAGGGCGAUGAAAUGGGCUGUCCGGACGAUGACAGGUGGCGCGACAACCACGUAGCUGUUAGGGGAAAGGUGCCUAAGCCGCCUGGUAGCGGGUCGUGGAAUUACACGUGGUAUAUUCCCGAAUGGUCUCACCCUGACUUUGACCCGAACGCUACCGUGUCAUAUAUACAUGGAUUCCGCGUACUGGGCUCCAGGGAUCCGGUUAUUAGGCUGUACCCGGCGUUACGGCCCGAAGAUCAAAUUCAUCGGCCGACAGAGUGGGCGAAACGCUUCGGUAUCUAUCCGGGAGAGCUUGGGGGUCGAAGUCGUCUCAGCCCGACGCUCGCUGCGACUCGGGACCCGUGGGAGGACUAUGCGAACCAGGUUAACCUGCUCCCGGAAGAAGCAAGAAGAAAACUCGCCCAAGAGACGAAAGAUGCGGCGCUGAAGGCAGGGAGACCCCUUCCUCCCGAGGGCUAUAUCGACAAGGAUGCGUUGGAGAAUCUGAUGAGCUCAGAAGAGAGGAUGACGGGAGAUCAACUACGGGUAAAAAUGGCGUCGUACCUAACUGACGACCAUGUUCCUCUUAACCUGCAAGUCGAACCUCCUACCACGUUGGAAGAGUUCGUAGACGACCUUCGAAAGAACUAUCCGCAUAUCUUAGACGCCCACAAGACGUAUUUCCAGAAGGCCUUGGAUGAUCAAGAUUAUCAACGGGUCAUGUUCAAUGAUAUGACGUCCGACGAGAUGGUAUACAACAAUAUUUAUACACAGUCUGACGAUGCGAUUUGCGAUCUUGAAGGCCCGAUUCAUGCUGCUCUCUCCAGAGACAGGUGGAGAGAUGUUUCGUCAAAAGGGGCCGACAGGUUCGACCCUCGAUACUUGUAUAACCUCAAUGGUGUAAGAGAGGAAUGGGAUCCGAAAACGAACGAUAUCCUAUGGGCUGCGUUGCAACCAGCAUUACUGCUUGUAUCGAAAAUGCUAUUAAGCGAUCAUCCUGGUAUAAGAGAUGUGAUGGACCUAAGGACGCGAUACAAGAUUCCGGACAACCUGGUUGAAGAUCGGGACAAUCCCAGCACGCCCAAUCUCGUUGGAUACAGGCCCUUAGAGAAGACGAUCUUGGACCUUGAAAACUCGUGGCCGGAGAUGAUUCAGUUAAAUGAAAUGGGAUACGAUUUUGUCCAAAAUGUGUGGAGGGUCCUCUUCUAUUGCCUUCGCUUCGAUAUCAGUUGCGCGUGGUUUGAGCCCACCGAGGCGAAUGAUGCAAAUGCUGUUGAUGGCGUUAAAGAGGCGAAGACCUUGAUAUAUGGGGUAACUCAGGCGAGUGGUCGCGGCCGGGAUACAAUCAUCACUAUUUGGAUAGCAGCUGAGUUGAUAUGGCCGUUGCUGGUGCCCCAGUAUAGCCAAAGCGAGAAGUUGACGGCGUCUUUCAUAAUUGCUUCGACGUUGAUGCAUGAGUUCGCUCAUGCAGUCAACUGCGCCCACGUCCUUCUAACGACCGACAGUUUUUUUGCAGAAUUUCCAGGCCAACCUACGCUGACUUCGGUCCUUCUUAGACAACUGGGACAUGUUCUUUGGGACAUAGAUGUAGAAGGCGGUGACCCUUUUUGGGAUGGUAUAGGUAACGCUGAGUUAGGCUUCGAUCUCGAGAAGCAGCUUUGGGGGUUCCUCGCCAACCUCAUGAUGAGCGGGUCAUUCAUCAAGCCUUCCAGACAGAUAACCACUUUGCCAUUGAUAGCGGAAGCAAAUCCGUAUCCCACUGCUAGAAACCCCCCUACACGUGGAAUGAGACGUGCAGGGCCCAUCCUACACGCCGAAUAUCCCACCGAGAAUUAUUGCCAUCCCGUCCCUAUCGAUUACAUGGCUCAGUUCUUCAGGGAGUCCUUCUGGACUGAUGUCUACCCUGUAUGGGGUCCCGAAGCCAUAAAGCUGAGUCCCAAGAAUCGUAUCCUGAAGACUACAAUGUCAACUAGUUGGAUACACGCAACCGAGGGUCAAAAGCUCUAUGGUAAUACGGAAUGGUGGUUUCUGUCCUUCGUAUACCGGACGCUGAUAAAGAACGACUACCAAAUACUAGGAGAGUAUUUGAGACGAAAGGCGUGGCACUUGAUACUGCCUUCGGUGUUAUCGAUCCGCUGGGAAUAUGAAAGCAACCAAUGGGAGUCGGAAACCGUCAUGCCCCUAAUGGCUCACAUCAUGAAAUUGGAAGACGAAACAGACAAGGGUCAAGAGCUCACUCGGAUUUGUUUGUUAGAUAACGAUCACAUGCUCGACACGUACGUUUCUCAACACAACCGUAACAUUAUCAGUGGUGCGAAUCCCGUUGUGAUGUCCUUUGCUGAAUGGUGUCAAAAGAACGAACGGGACUGGGAAGAUUAUUACUGUGAAGGCGGGAUUAUCAUGCGGGAAGCAUCAGCAACAUAUAGAGCUUUAAUGAGGGACGUCGGAUACCUACAGCGUGUGGUACUAGACUUUCUCAGCUUAGAUAUCAAUUCUCGGCUCUAUAUUUAUACAAACAAUGCUGAAGCGGAUCCAGGCCCCCUCGGGGUCAUGUACAAACACAUACAACUGGUGUUAGACUGGUCUCACCACUUUGUAAGGAUAUUUAACGUAUACUCCAAUUCAGCAGCAUCUGAAUCCCUCCAGCACGCCUGGGUCCUAUGGGAAACACGUUUCCGAUCCUGCCAUAUGGCCCUUACGGACCUCAUGGAGAUGCUGGGUGAUCCGGACCGGUGGGACCCGGACGACAUCAGCUGGAAAAGACGUUUUGCGACGGUACCGUCCUCCUACUGGAAAAACCGCAUGGAUCGAAUAAGUGUUAUUGCACACAGACAGUACGUCAAGUUAGACCCACGGAUCCGCCAGGUCUUCGAUGAAUGCGAAUCAAUCAUGGAUCGCCUACGGGGAUCAGGCAAUCUCCCUACUCCGUUCCAGGACUUCGAAUCAAAUAUUAUCGAUAUACGACAAAAAGUAAGAGAUGUGAAGAGCCUGGGUCAACCUCCGCCUGCAGAUAGAGUGUAUAACUGGACCGCCCCUGGCCCAGUACCGAAACAUACAAAGCACCAGCCCCGAGCUUUCACACCGGAUGUGCAGCCUAGCCCCAUCAAGACCAAGUUACCCGAGUUCGAUUUUAUUCCCUCAGACAGGAAAGAAGUAAAGGACACUUUUGGUGUACCGAGCGACGCAAAAACACUAGGAAGACGCGCGCCUCGACGGCUUAAUAUACCGGACUGGGGCUCAAGCGGCGGAAACGUAGGUGGUUCCACGUCCGGGUCGACAUCACGGGGCGGUGCUCUGGGGACAACGGGAGGUGGAGCGAACAGAAACCGGCGUCAGUCGCACAAGGGCUUCGCACGCUGGAACAAGGACCGGGAUGGCGCACGAUUUGUCCUAUCCGCGCAGAAGAUGAAUAGCCUAGACAGUCUCCAGGAGAUAGGGGUCUCUAGUUCAACCAUCGAGGAGAUAGUUAGGUCGGCCCCCUUCGGAACAGGAGGAAGUUUUCAGAGGAGGACGGGAGAAAGCAUCUUCAGGCCACAAACUAUUGGUGCUAGAGCCGGGAAGCAGCCGACUAUAUUCCCCAAUGCGUAUGCAAAUCCUUUGGUCACGACAAAUGAAUCUGUUUUAUAUGACGAAGCGUACCUCCUCCAGGAGGCGCAGCGGUGGGAGAGACUUAGGGGACAACCAUACCAAACGACGGAUACCUGGCGGGACGCGCCGCGAGCUACGGGCUUCGGUAGUCCUGAAGGCGAAAGUCCGGGCUCGUCCCCCUGA